AUGGAAGAAAGCGAAAAGGAGAAAGAGAACGGCGAGUGGAGGUGUGGAUUCUUCGUGUGGGACAGCAUCGAAGGGAUCGAGGAAUUCGACACACGCGAGGCCGCGAUUGCCGAGUUCAAGCGACGCUUUGCCAAGUUCACCGGCCACGCCUGGGACGACCGCGCCCACUUCCGCCACAACCGCGACCACGACAAGGAAGACGAGGCGCCGACAGUCGACAACAACUCCAACGACAACGACGACAAAGCGCCGGAAGCUGCGGCCGUUGGACAGCAGCAGCAAGAGAGCAGCGCCAUGGCGGUUGAUGACGUGGACAAGGAAAAGGCCAAAGAACAGAAGGAAGAAGAAAAGGAAAAUGAGCAGAAGCAGAAGGAGGAGGAGGAAGAGAAGUCGGGCGGGUACUGCUACCUGCCGACCGACCACCGGGCGGUGCUGCGGCACCGGCGGUACAGCAAGCUCUACGGAGACGAGGAGGAGGAGGGUUCCGAAGACGAGGGCCAGGAGGAAGACGACGACCUCGGCGAAGACGAGGAAAGCGACGGCGAAGAGGAAUCGCUCCGGGCCAAGCAGAAGAAGGAGCCGUCGGCCGACAAGCGGUUGUACGACAUGCUGGCGUUCAUUUCCCACAAGAAGCGCCUCUGGUCCUUUUGCAACCGGGUGGGAUUGUUCGAGAUCACGGGCAUGGGCCAGCUCACCUCCACACAGAUCAAGAACGCCUACCGCAUCCUCAACGUCCUUUCUGGCAUAUUGACGUACAAGAAGGAGAUGGAGGCGAGGAAGCGUGAGGUGCCGGAAAAGGUGUCGCAGGCGAUCGGCGAGCUGUCCAACCAGUUCCACCGGGUGCUGCCGUUCAACUUCUCCGGCAACAACCUCUCGCUCAACAUCAACAAACGCAAGAUCCUCGCCGAAAAGCUCAACCUCCUCCAGUCGCUGCAAGAGAUCGGAAUCGGCAUGGAGGUGCUGCACGAGGUGGCGCUGCCGUAUAAGCGACGCCUGAUGGGCGACGAAGAGGAGGAGCUGCCCACGCAGGACGCCCUCUCCCUGCCCCUCGACGACGAGGGCCACCUCCACCUCCAUCAGCAGCAGACGACGACGACGAUGCCGCUCGAGGAGAAGGAGCGGCUCGAACGUGCGGCGGGCGAGAUCAACGAGGACCACCCGCUCGACCAGAAGACCAGCGACUCAGCCCAGGCCAUGGCACGCAUGCAGCUCCUGUGCGCCGCCCUCCGCGCCCGGCUCACGCCUGUCGACAAAUCCUCUGAUGAGUGGAAGGUGAUUGUGCGGCUGAUGAGCACGUCGUCGGUCAAAGUGUUGGACGCCUUCGAGGUGGAGCGCGAGGGCGAGAAGGAGCGCUUCCAACCCUUUGCCGCACUACCCAACCGCUCUCUCCUGUGCCAUGGAACGGGGGUGUACAACAUAUUGGGCAUCCUGCGCAAGGGCAUGUGCAUCGCGCCCAAGGAGGCCAACGGCUCCGGCACCAACUUUGGCAAAGGCCUCUACUUUGCAGACUUCCCGGAGAAGAGCGUCGGCUACAUGAGCAGCGACCACGGCAAGGGUUGCUUCUUCCUGUGCGAUGUGGCUCUUGGCGAGCCCCUCGUACGCACGUCGACCGGCUUCCGCCAGCCAUUGCCACCGGGCCGACAUCACUGUUGGGGCGUGGGCCGUGUCAUCACACAUCCCGAAGCCGUGCUCUACACAGACGGAGGGCUGCGCAUUCCCAUGGGGGAAGACAAGAGAGCGAAAGGCGGCAUGGGCCACAAUGAGUUCAUUGUCUACAACGAGGGACAGGUGCGAAUUCGGUACUUGUUGCUCGUCCAGGAGGGCGCUUAG